AUGGCUACUGACUCGAUUCCAACAUGCCGCUGGGGCAUCAUAACCACCGGCCUUAUCUCGUCAUGGUUUGUGGCCGAUCUGGCCAUGCCUCGCUCGGACGCCAAGGCCAACCACAUUAUCCAAGCCAUCGGAUCAUCGUCUGUCGAGAAGGGCAAUGACUUCGUCGCCAAACACCUCAAGGAUGCUCCAAACCAGAAACCCGCCGUCUACGGGAGCUACGCUGAGGUGUACAAUGACCCCAACGUUGACUGUAUUUACAUCGGCAGCCCGCACGGUUUCCACAAGCGCGACUGUCUGGAGGCUAUUGCGGCGGGCAAAAAUGUGCUGUGUGAAAAGGCUUUCGCGAUCAAUGCCGCAGAGGCGAGGGAGGUCUUCGACGCGGCGAAGAAGAAGGGCGUUUAUGUCGCCGAGGCCAUGUGGCUUCGACAUCGACCUAUGGUGGCUGAACUGAGAAAGAUCCUAUAUGAGGACAAGACAAUUGGCGAGGUGUUCAGAACAACUUCCGACUUCCAGAUGUAUGUCGACAUGGCGAAUCUCCCCUCGACCUCACGCCUCAGAAACCUCGACCUUGGAGCUGGAUCAUUGCUAGAUAUUGGUAUUUACCCCCUCACAUGGAACAUCUUGACUCUGGAGCCAGAUGCCCCUGCUCCUCGUCCUAAACCCAAGAUUUUGGCCGCCCAAUCAUUUGUUGAGGGCGUUGAGGUCACUACAAGUGCCAUUCUGCAUUAUCCUGAGAGCGGUCGUCAAGGCAUUAUAACCUCUACUACUGAGAAGAGAAGUGGAUCAAAGAAGAUCGUCGCUACAAUUGACGGCACAAAUGGUUUCAUCGAGGUGGAGGGACAGGCGCCAUCUCAUCCACACUCAUUCACCGUAUACCCCAAGUGGACUGGAGAUGAGAAGCCGGAGGGCAAGAAGUAUGACUUCGUGCGGCCACAGCAGGGCUUCAUCUACGAAGCUGAUAACACUGCUUUGGACCUGGCAGCAGGAAAGAAGGAGAGCGCUAUUAUGCCCUGGAGCGAGACCAUCCGGGUCCUGGAGAUUAUGGACGAGAUCAGGCGCCAGGGAGGGACUGUAUAUCCUGUGGACAAGGCUUGA